AUGGAAGCUAACAAUGUAGGGUUUAGUGUUCAACUAAUCCACAAGAACUCACCCAAUUCUCCCUUCUACAAUUCAGAUAAACUUCAUAUGCAUAAAAAUGGCAUAUUUUAUCAAGUUCCUAAGAAAUCAAAUGCCCCAAAUAGUCCCUUCACUAGAGUCACAUCCAAUAAUGGUGAUUAUCUCAUGAAGCUACCAUUGGGAACACCACCAGUGGAUGUGUAUGGUUUGGUUGACACAGGCAGUGAUCUUGUAUGGGCACAAUGCACACCUUGCCAAGGUUGUUAUAAGCAGAAAAAUCCAUUGUUUGACCCCAUAAGGUCCAAAACAUACACUCCUAUUCCAUGUGAUUCAAAUGAGUGCAAUUUAGUCUUUGAUCAUUCAUGCUCUCCUCAAAAACUGUGUACUUAUGGUUAUUCUUAUGCUGAUUCUUCAAUAACAAAAGGGAUGCUAGCAAGGGAAACUGUCACAUUUAGUUCAACCAGUGGAGACCCUGUUGUUGUCAAAGACAUUGUGUUUGGGUGUGGACACAACAACACAGGAAAUUUCAAUGAAAAUGAUAUGGGGAUCAUUGGGCUAGGUGGGGGACCUUUAUCACUAGUUUCACAAAUUGGUAAACUUUAUGGGAGCAAAAGGUUCUCUCAGUGCCUGGUUCCUUUUCAUGCAGAUCCUCACACUUCAGGUACCAUUAGUUUUGGUAAUGACAGUGAUGUUUCUGGUGAAGGAGUAGCCACAACUCCUUUGGUCUAUGAGGAAGGUCAAACCCCUUAUUUGGUCACACUGGAAGGUACACCAGCAACAUAUUUACCACCAGAAUUUUAUGACCAUCUAGUGGAGGAAUUGAAGAAGCAGAUUAAUCUACCACCCAUUGAUGAUGAUCCAGACUUGGGCACACAACUUUGUUACGAAAGUGAGACAAAUUUGAAAGGGCCAAUCUUGACUGCUCAUUUUGAGGGUGCAGAUGUGAAAUUGAUGCCAAGUCAAACCUUCAUCCCACCAAAAGAUGGAGUAUUUUGCUUUGCAAUGGCUGCAACUACUGAUGGAUUAUAUAUAUUUGGCAAUUUUGCUCAAUCAAAUGUUUUGAUUGGAUUUGAUUUAGAUAGAAAGACAGUUUCCUUCAAGUCAACAGAUUGCAGCAAGCAGUAG